GUAGUGAUGAUGUCUGGUGAAAUCGUCUACUCCGAUGUUACAUUCACUCGGCAUCAGAACCAAGAUGCUGGAGCAGAAAGUGAAGUUUCUAAAGGAGUAGCCGAACGUGAAGAGGAUGUCACAUACUCUGAGGUCAGAAGACCAGGAGGUAGAGCUAGAGAGCAGGAGGAUCCUGGGAAAGGAAGUGACCCUGACACUAGUGACCCCUCUCCCCCAGUGGGGUCAAAGGCUGCAAUCCCGGAGGGAGGGUCUGGGAGUGUUCCCGUGGUGACCCUGGCGUGUCUCUGUGUUCUACUGCUGGGUCUGGCUAUCACUCUGGGAGUCCUCUAUUCUUCCAACAUGACUAGUCUUCAAGCUGAGGAGGCUCGCUUUGCCCAGAUGAAAGAGAAUCUAACAGGGAAACUGCAUGAACUGCAAGACAACUAUAAGAGACUGCAGAAUGAGAGCCACAACAUAACAGUCCAGAGAGAGCUGUUAUUCUCAGAGCUUCAAGACUGUAAGGCCAACCUGACUAGGGUCAAAGAUCUCCUGGCAACCAUCCAAGGGAGUCAGAAUAGAUGUAAUACCAGUCAGCCGUGUUCUCCUGGCUGGGAGUUCUACAAUGGAUCAUGUUACUACUUCUCUAAAGACAAACUGACCUGGGAACAGAGUCAGUACGCCUGCAUCCACGAUGGAGGACACCUGGUCAUCAUAGAGAGUCAGCAGGAGCAGGAGUUUAUAAAACAGAGAGUGGUAACACUGGGAAUUGAUCCUUAUGAACACAGCCCCUGGAUAGGACUGACAGAUGAGAAGCAAGAGAAUGUGUGGGUCUGGAUGGACAAUACAACUCUUAAUGAGAACAUCAAGUACUGGGACUCCAACGAACCAAAUAACUGUGGGCCUAAAGGUGAAAUAGAAAACUGUGUCAGAAUUGGUCAACACUGUCACAGAAAAAAAAAUUGUUGGUUUGACUUUCCAUGUGCCGAAUCAUCUAAGAGAAUCUGUGAGAGUCGUUCAGUCUGUGAAAGUCAGGCCAUAGUAUAAAAAAAUGUAGUGUAUUGAACCAACACAAGGCAACACAUUGUUGGGUAGUAUAUAGGACCAGUUUUCCAAACGCAGAUUAAACCUACACUCAUAGAAAAAGGGUUCCAAAAGGGUUCUUCGGCUGUCCCCAUAGGAGAACCCUUUUUGGUUCCAGGUAGAGCCCUUUUUGGCUCCAUGUAGAUGUAGAUCUCUCUGUUGAAAGGGUUUUACAUUUAACCCAAAAGGGUUCUACCUGGAACCAAAAAGGCUUCUUCAAAGGGUUCUCCUAU